AUGCUGUUCAUCUCGCUUCUCUUCCUGGCUCUACUGGGCCCCACCUCCGCCUCCGCAUCGCAGGCACUCUUCACCUUCCCAAACCUGAACGUGACGUACUACUAUGACCACGCCAACUUUCCUUACCACCCCGCAUGCGACGCGGCCGCCGGCGGUCCCGGAUGGGCCAAGCCUACUAAUGAAGGGGCGUCUGCUUGCGGACAGAGCGUCAAGGAGUUGAACACCAACGCCGUCGUGGCCAUGAACGUUACCUGGCUCAACUCGGACGGUUACGCGUCCAGGCUUGAGAACCUGUGCGGAAGGGAAGUCCAAAUCUGGAAAGAUGGGGUUCAGAUCAAGAUGAAAGGCGGUCCCUUCUUCCUCUGGGAAGGCUGCCAAGCCUGCGCUUCCCUCCCCCGCAUCGAUCUCAGCCUGAACGCCUACAUCGCCGCAACAGGCGAUAAAGAGUGCCACCGCGGCACGGUUGGCAGCUACGACGUCUACGUCAUGGACAACUUUGUGCGGCGCGCCUCUGCUGGGAGGAUAACUCUCAACCCAUCGGCAUUAUUGUUCGGUCUCGCCUUCGCGGCUUUCAUUUAG